AUGUCGUUCAUCCGCGACUUGUUCCACCGUGAGACGCCGCAGGAGGCGAUGCGCAAGUACAAACGCGGCCUCGACCGCACCAUCCGUGAUAUCGACCGCGAGCGCAACAAGCUCCAGCAGCAGGAGCGCAAGAUUGUCGUUGACAUGAAGAAGAUGGCGAAGCAGGACCAGAUCGACUCGGUGCGCAUCCUCGCACGCGACCUCGUGCGCACCCGCAAGUACCAGCACAAGAUGUACCGCAUGCGCACGCAGAUUCAGGGCGUCGCGCUGCGCAUCCAAACGAUGCAGUCGACCGCGCAGAUGGCGACCGCGAUGAAGGGCGUGGCGAAGGCGAUGCACAAGAUGAAUACACAGAUGAACCUCCCCGAGAUGCAGCGCGUGAUGCGGGAGUUCGAGAAACAGAACGAGAUGAUGGGGAUGAAGGAAGAGAUGAUGAACGACGCUGUCGACGACGUCAUGGACGACGAGGGCGAGGAGGAGGGCGAGACGGAGCUGGAGCUGCAGAAGGUGAUGGACGAGGUUGGCCUCGAGUUCAAGAGCAAGGUCGGCGUCGUUGACGCGGCGCUGCCACUGCCGCAGCAGCAGCAGGAGGCAAGCGCCGAGGACGACAAGGAGCUCGACGCGCGGCUCGCUGCGCUGCGGGCAUCGAUGAGGUGA